CCACCCUGCCACAAGCUUGACAAACACUACGACAGAGGUUCCCCAUCUUCGGAAACCAACACCAGUCCGAGAGCAGAAACUUCAGCUGUCUCGAGUUAGCAUGGGGCCUCACUUGGCCCCACGACGACCAAAAGCAACACAGACACUAAUCGCGGAGCACAAGACGCUCCGAACCCUAAACGGACAAGCCUAUAACAACGGCCCUUAUACUUCAAGCACUGGUACCAACUGA